AUGGUCCAUGGAGAAGGUGGGGCCAAGAAGGAAUCAAGUUACUUCAAAGAUGGGGCCAUCGAUCUUCUGGCUGGAACUGCGGGUGAGAUUUUAUGGGAUUUCCUUUGCUAGCUGGUGAUUUAGAUUAUAAUGAAAUUAAUUAUAAUAUUCUUAGGUGGGAUUGCCAAUGUCUACUUCGGACAGCCUUUGGAUACAGUGAAAGUGAAGAUGCAGUCAUAUCCUGAGCUCUACAAAAGUUGGAUGACAUGCUUUGCGCAAACCUUUCGAGCAGAGGGAAUUCGAGGCCUUUAUGCGGGUGAGUACCGUAUGAUUUAUAUUUAGUUUGAUGACUAUUUGUAGGCACAAUCCCUGCUCUUGCGGCCAACAUUGCUGAAAAUGCAGUUUUAUUCACUGCCUAUGGGUUUUGCCAGAAGUCGAUUGCAUUUAUGGCGGGAAGAAAGUCGACCGAUGAGAUGACUUCGGUGGAGAAAGCGGCCUCAGGAUCUUUUGCUGCUGUCUUUGCGGCUUUAGUAUUGUGCCCAACGGAAUUGGUGAAGUGCCGGCUCCAAGCUCAUCGAGAAGUCCAUCCAGAUAGUUCAGCGUAAGACUUUGAAUAUUAAACUUGAUUUUUAUUGUUGUUUAACCUCUAUCUUCAUAUUAAUGUGGUCUGUUUUUUGUAGUACCCCUCUUUCUGUAUGCCGAGAGAUGUACAAAGCCCAAGGGGUAAGGGCGUUUGCCACGGGAAUGACUCCAACCCUGGCCAGGGAAGUUCCCGGUUACUUCUUUUUCUUCGGCGCUUAUGAAACGACCAGAAAAUAUAUGUCAGAAAAUGGAAAGAAGGAGAUUGGAGUUGGUGGAACAGCUGUAAGUGGAGCCAUUGGAGGAAUGGCUCUGUGGACAGCCAUCUUCCCGGCUGAUGUGGUAAAAUCAAAGAUGCAGGUGACGGGAAAAGGAAACUUCGUAUCAACUUUUAUGGAUGUGCUUAGAACACAAGGUGUGUUAAGAUAACUUGAUAAUAAUAUUUACUCCUAGGACCCCUCGGAUUGUAUGCCGGGCUUACACCAACUUUAUUGCGGACAUUUACUGCCAGUUCUGGAUUAUUUAUUGCCUACGAAUACACAAAGAAAUUCCUCCACAACACCUUCUGA